AUGAAGCUUUCGCCGGUCGCGUCGUUGUACUCGAUGGGCGCGGUGCUCAUGAGUGCGUGCUGCAAGUACCACCUGGUGGACGGCCUAAGAAGGUCUAAGAUGACGAUGUCGUACCGGUACGUGAAGCAAGGAAAGGAGUACUGGAGGCUGGGCAGCAGCGUCCUUCUCUAUGACCUCGAGAACCCUCUCGACAUGUACACGCUGGCUGCGUUGUUCAUGUGCUUGCUGGCGCUGGAGCAGAAGUUCUUCAAAGGCUCGCCGUCGGCCAUGGCAUCGACGCUCGUAUUCAUCGCCGCUGCGCUCUUUACGCCAGGCUUCUACUUUCGGGAACUGCGGCUAAAGGAACCUGCUGUCAUGAUGUACGUGGCCAUUGCCACCUGGGCGACGAUUCGAUGCUUCUUCCGCCCUACUGCCGGAGUGGGGAGCCAGGCGAUGUUCUCGGCGCUGGGGCCUUUGAUACCGAUCGCUACUCCGCACUUCCGGAAGGGAGAGAUCGAUGUGGCGCUGCUCAAGCACCAAGCGAUGGCCGUCGCGGUGGGGUUAGCGUGCGUCCUCCUCAUUCCGGAUGCCGAGGGCGCGCGGGCCCUUCGCCAAAAGCGGCAGCAGGAGGCCAGCCGGAAGGCGAGGGCAUCCGCGAAGGGGAAGAAGAAGAAGAACGCACCGCCGGUGCCGGACACGAGCAGCAGCAGCGAGGAGGAAGAAGAGGAGGAGGCGGACAGCAGUAGCGAUGAAGAGUAG